AUGGAGAAGAACGAGACUCGAUCAAUCAGUGAGUUCGCAGACGAUUUGUUGCUGAAGAUGCUACACCGUCUCCCUAGCAAAAACGUCGGAGCCACGAGCGUCUUAUCAAAACGGUGGCGAUCUCUAUGGAAAGAGGUGAACACGUUCAGGUACGACGGCAGCACAGUAGGCAGAGAGUACUGGAGAUUGGCACUGUUCAUCAGCAAGCUCUCAAACCUAGAGAGCUUGGAUCUCAAGAUCAACACCUACCGUACGAACAUAUUCAUCAACUAUUUGGUUAACAUAGCAGUCGCUCGAUCUCUGAGAAAGCUCAGAGUCGACAUGUUUUGCAGCUCCUUUGAGCUGCCCAAAAGCUUGUUUAUUCAUUUGAGUCUAGACGGUUAUACUCUUACUCCUUAUCCUUCUGAUGCUACUUCCUUCCUCUCUCUUGAACACCUAGAGAUAUGUUCAUGUUCUUCGGAGUGGUGGAAUCUACUUACCUUUAUACUCAAUGACGCUCCUAGGCUUCGAGUUCUCAAGGUCAAUUUGUUUCGGAAGCACUGUGUCCAGCGCGACGGGAUGGUUUCGUGGAACCAACCAAGUUCUGUUCCUGAAUGUUUAUCAUCAUCUCAUCUUGAGAUCUUGGAGUGGAGACAAUACAAGGGCACAAAGACAGAGAUAGAAGCUGCAAAGUACAUUCUAUGGACCAACAUGUUGAAUCAUCAUCAUCACACAACUAAAACCCUCUGCAGAACUUAG